UACUUUAGUGAUCAUUAUUUUGAUUUUGAGUACUCCUCCACAUUCUCAUUAAUGGAGAAGAAGAGAAAAGGGUCAGCCCCGAGAAAGGCGGCGGUGGCAGUGGCGGUGGUGGUGGCUUGGCUGGGCGCAAUUAGCGGCGCCACAGCCAAAGCAGUACUACACAAAGUAGGAGGAUCUAAAGGUUGGAAUGAAAACGUUAACUACACUCAAUGGUCCACCACAACUGCUCCUUUCUUCCUAGGCGAUUGGCUUUAUUUUGUGUUCGACAAGAGAUAUUACAAUGUACUGGAAGUGAAUGAAACAAGUUACGAGAGUUGCAAUGACAAAAUAUUUUUAAACAACGUGACACGUGGAGGUCGUGACGUGUUCCAACUCACUGAGUCUAAGCCUUAUUACUUUAUCUCUGGCGGAGGUUACUGCUUUCACGGUAUGCGACUCACUAUCUUUGUUGUCAAGGAUGACGCAACAGGCGGCUCUGCUACUCUUCCGCCAGCCAUCGCUAAUGCUGAUAAUAAUACUUUUGCACCGGUGGUGGCUGAUGCUCCUGCCAAAAAUUCAUCCCCAUCAUCAUUAAUAUUACAUUUGGAUUUAUUAAUUUAUUUAGUUAUUCUUUAUUUAGUGUGCUAGAAUAAAAUGAGAGUAUUGUUAUUACACAUUUUAAAGUGUCUAAUAUUAUACUCAACUGACAAAGCGUGUUGUGAGUGGUUAAUGAUCUUUCAUACUACUUAUUAAAUUAAAAUGUGUGGGUUUCGAUAAUGAAUUUUACCAUACAAUAUAUCACUUAUAG